AUGGAAGAAGAAGUCGCAGCCCUCGUCAUUGACAAUGGUUCUGGAAUGUGUAAGGCCGGUUUCGCCGGUGACGAUGCUCCAAGAGCUGUUUUCCCUUCCAUUGUCGGUCGUCCCCGUCAUCACGGUAUUAUGAUUGGUAUGGGUCAAAAGGACUCAUAUGUUGGAGAUGAAGCGCAAUCCAAGCGUGGUAUUCUUACCCUUAGAUACCCAAUUGAGCACGGUGUUGUCACCAACUGGGAUGAUAUGGAGAAGAUCUGGCAUCACACUUUCUACAACGAACUUCGUGUAGCACCAGAGGAGCACCCAGUUUUGCUUACUGAGGCCCCCAUCAACCCAAAGUCCAACAGAGAAAAGAUGACACAAAUCGUCUUCGAGACCUUCAACGCCCCUGCAUUCUACGUCUCUAUUCAAGCCGUCCUCUCCCUUUACGCUUCCGGUCGUACCACCGGUAUCGUUCUCGAUUCCGGUGAUGGAGUUACUCACGUUGUUCCAAUUUACGAAGGUUUCUCUCUUCCUCACGCCAUUGCUCGUGUUGACAUGGCUGGUCGUGAUUUGACUGAUUACCUCAUGAAGAUCUUGGCUGAGCGUGGUUACACUUUCUCCACCACUGCCGAGCGUGAAAUCGUCCGUGAUAUCAAGGAGAAGCUCUGUUAUGUUGCUCUUGAUUUCGAGCAAGAAAUUCAAACCGCUAGUCAAUCCUCCAGUUUGGAGAAGUCAUACGAACUUCCUGAUGGACAAGUUAUUACCAUCGGUAACGAGCGUUUCCGUGCUCCAGAAGCUUUGUUCCAGCCAUCUGUCUUGGGUCUUGAGAGCGGUGGUAUCCACGUUACUACCUUCAACUCCAUCAUGAAGUGUGAUGUCGAUGUCCGUAAGGAUUUGUAUGGUAACAUUGUCAUGUCUGGUGGAACUACCAUGUACCCAGGUAUCUCCGAUCGUAUGCAAAAGGAAAUCACUGCUCUUGCACCAUCAUCGAUGAAGGUCAAGAUCAUUGCACCACCCGAGAGAAAAUACUCCGUCUGGAUCGGUGGUUCUAUUUUGGCAUCUUUGUCUACCUUCCAACAGAUGUGGAUCUCAAAGCAAGAGUACGACGAGUCUGGACCAUCCAUUGUCCACCGCAAGUGUUUCUAA